AUGGCGACUGACGAACGGACUUUUCUCAAUUUGGAUCAAUUUGUUAAAAAUCAGAUUAUUGCAAUCAUUGAUGAUUAUAAAUUAGUGUAUAAAAUACCAAUUCCUAAUCUAAACACCGAUCCCUCGAAUGACACUCUCAAUAUCUAUACUAAAAUUAGAGAGCUUCUUCUUUGCGGUAUUCACAUCAAUAUCGAAGACCUGUUCAAAAAGGAUAUCAACUCAUUCCGGAUGGUUUUGGCUGCUUUUUUCGGUGAAAGAAACGCACUCGUACUUACGCCGAAAGCAGAAACACCUGAAACAGUAGCACCUGAAGCAGAAUCACCUGAAACAGAAGCACCAGUCAAAACGAAAACGUAUACGUUACAGAAAACGGACUUGCUACCCAACUGUCAACAUCAUCUACAUACAAUUAUGGUGAUGUGUUAUGCGGCCGAUGUGAUGCAAAAAGAAAUACAGAAACUGGAUAAUAGAAUUGUCAUGAAAAAAGACAAAUAUUUCAAAUUGAAAGAUAAGCUGCAAGAACAAGCAUGUAACAUGAUAAACCACUUAUACUGCCUCGAAACUAAUGGACCUGAGAACGCGAUAGCUGCUUUGCAGGAAGAUUGUCAUUUAUCCUGGACGAAUAAAAACAUAAACAGUAGAUAUCGGGACUACCUAAAUGGAAAGUUCAAUAGAAACCAAGAGAUAAUGGCCAUCGCUUAUAAAGCAGAUGCAAUGAAGUUCCUAUCUCAAAAGCCGUGUCUCUUACUCAUUGAUGAACGUUAUAACAUCAGAAAAACAAUGGAAACCAACGUAACAGCAAACCAUGAAAAACAAGGCACUCUUCUGAAUAUGAACGGAAAAUUAUGGGUACAUGGGUUAUCUCGUUUGGUGUAUAUUUUGGCGUUCGCCUACACAUUGUGUCGUUUUCCGAUAUAUGGAGAUACUAGGAGCUUCUCAAAAAGAUCUUGGUUCGAGUUGCUUGUAUUCGUCUAUAUAAUUAUGGUUUUAAUAGCCCAAAUUGGAAUGACCAUCAUCAAAAUCAUAGAUUACUUGAUCUACGAAGGAAGCCUACACGAGUUCCGUCGACAGAAGAAAGAUGAAAAAAAGAAAUGGGCCGACAUCAUUACGAAUGCGAAAAACAAUAAAUACGGAAAACUUAUUUUCAAGUACUACGAUAACAAUCGAUUGGCCAUGUUCAGAAUCGCGUUGGUAGUACCACUACUCGUACUUGAAGCUGCUAGAUUUACCUAUUUUUCAAUAUCUUUGGAUAUGCAUAUUGAAUGGUAUGGAACAUCUGUUCUGCCUCCGAUUGCUCAUGAGAUUUUGUAUUGCUUGCUUUUUGCGAUAACAACAAUAUCAUCUAUCAGGUACUUUUAUUCGCUCCAAUUAGUUGGUUUCUUUGCUCAUAUCAUUUGGAAAAUGGGGAAAACGGUUGUCAUGUUCACUUCAAUUUUUUUUGUCUUUUGGUUCGUUUUAGCAGUUAUUCAUGUCAGCAUUUCAAGAAGUUUUAUUGUCUCUGACGACACUCUUGUACACAAAGUAUCGUCCGUUGGAAAGUUUGAAAUAUUCGGAGAAGUUCAAGAUGAAGAUCGAAUUGGAAUUCUCACGAAUUGCAGUCAAUUCAAUAGAAGCAUUCAUCAUUUAUUUGAUAUGGAGUAUGUGGAAGCCAGUUGUCUGUUUCGGUCUUCGUUGUUGCCAUUUUUAGUCUUCGCUUAUAUUUUCAUCACCAGUGUUCUUCUUGUGAAUUUGCUGACUGCUCAGUUAACUAAAGAAUAUGAGAAUGAAUCUAAAAAAAGCCGAUAUUACUACGGGUGGCUUCGUUAUGGACAAUUAGCCAAAAUAGAGUCAAAAAUCAAUCUACCACCGCCUUUUUCGUUAGUUUAUUUAUUAAGCCGUUUGAUUGUUUGGCUUUUCACAGUUCCUUGUGUGAGCAGAAACGCGACAAAUUAUGAUCUCACUCAUUUCUGGUGCCAAAUAGAAAGAAAAAUUCGUUCAGGAUACACUUUCAUUUUCGAUGCAAUUUGGAAGUACGGAGUUCUGGUACUAGAAGGCCAUCCGUGGGGAACUGUCUAUAAGAUUCCGAUAGACGUUGAAACGGAUCAUAACAAAGAUAUGAAAAACUUCUUAGACAAUCCUCCAAGUGAAAUUUGGGAACAACUGAAAGAUGUAAUUAAUUACUACGAACAGAAACAAUUAACUCUAAAAAAAUUGACAAAAGCUCAAGCGAAACUCAAUGGAAUGAUUGAACAAAAGAAAAAUAAAGAGAAUGAACGACUGAGAAUGCUAUCCAGAGCAGAAGUUCCAGAAGAUCGGAGUGCUACACCAGCACCGACUAGGGAUAUUCCUUCUUUAAGUCAAAGUAUGAAGAGUGGCAUUUUCUGA